AUGUCUCAGGAGCAGCCAAGGCGGGAGGAGAUGGAGGGGCAGGCCAAGGAGCAGUUUUCAACCGAGCCCACGCAGGCAGCAGCAACUGGCGCCCCCAGCUACGCAGCAGGAGGAGGAACAGCUGUCUCUGCACCCGGUUACGCCGGCGGUGGUUACGUGGCAACCGCAACAGGCCCAGGCUUCACCUGCACGGCCCAGGAGUUCCCCACUGCAGGGGGAGGUGCGACUGGAGUAGCUGCUGUGACUGAUACCGAGGGAAGGACGAUUUACUACUCUACGACUAUGCAACCCAUGGGUGUGACUGGUCCUGGUGUGACUGACACGGGUGUGACUGCAACGGGCGUGCCUGCAAUGGGGGGUGGUGGUGCUAUGGGCGGUGGUACUGCCACUGGUGUGCCGGCUGCAGGAGGGGGUGGGAUGGGGGAGAUGGGAAAGGGGACGGAUAUGAGUGGUAUGGAGGCUGGGAUGGGGGGGGAGAGCCUGGGAACCACUGGGACGGGCGGAGGGGGAACGGCUGGGGGAGAUGUGGGGGCAACUGGAGGGGGGGAUACUGAGAUGAUGGGGGGGGACAUGGGGGGAGAGAGCAUAGGCGCAAGGGGGAGUGCUGAGCGUACUGUUGGUGAGAAGAGCCCAGCUACCGGUGCUACCGCUGAAGGGGGAAUGGGGAGGUCUGCUGGUAGUGAUGUGACUGCUGGGGGUGAUGUGACCUCAGGGGGUGAUGUUGCUCAGGCGAAGGAGGCUGGUGGUGCUGCUGCUGGUGGGGAGACGGGAGGGGCUGAGACCGGUGGAGAGGGGUUCAUGGGGCGAGAGUCACAGGCCAAGACAAUGGAAGGGGAAGGAGGAAUCGGAUCAGCUUAA